CCAGCCAGCACGCGUGCCAGAUCCGAGGCGGAGGGGACAGCUCCCAGGUGCUGAAACCGGUGCGCGCUCUAAACAGAGACACGGAGGGGGGAACGUCAACUGCAUUAGACAUCCAGAUAAUCAAAAAGACCGUGUUCUGCAAACCCGAGACAGAUACAGAUCAGAGCCGAGGCCUUCAGAUCAGAUGGCUGCCACUCAGGAUGUGAAAGGGAAGGGGGAGGGAGGGGACCAAAACUUUGACUACAUGUUCAAGCUGCUGAUCAUCGGCAACAGCAGCGUGGGCAAAACGUCUUUCCUCUUCCGCUACGCCGACGACGCCUUCACCUCAGCCUUCGUCAGCACGGUAGGCAUCGACUUCAAGGUGAAGACCGUGUACAAGAACGACAAGAGGAUCAAACUGCAGAUCUGGGACACAGCAGGCCAGGAGCGAUACAGGACCAUCACCACCGCCUACUACCGCGGGGCCAUGGGCUUCAUUCUCAUGUACGACAUCACCAAUGAGGAGUCGUUCGGCUGCGUGCAGGACUGGUCGACGCAGAUAAAAACCUACUCAUGGGAUAAUGCACAGGUGGUGCUGGCUGGCAAUAAGUGUGACAUGGAGGAGGAGAGAGUGGUCUCGGUCGAUAAUGGCAGACUGCUGGCAGAACAGCUGGGUUUCGAGUUCUUCGAGACGAGCGCCAAGGACAACGUCAACGUGAAGCAGACCUUCGAGCGUCUCGUCGACCUGAUCUGCGACAAGAUGUCCGAGAGCUUGGACACGGACCCGGCCAGCACCACGGGAGCGCCCACUGCCAAACUCACAGACACUGCUCCGCCCAUGCAGCAGCCCGGAUGCAACUGUUAGUAGCGUUCUCCGGACUGCCGCUCAAACCCAGUUUAGAAGUAGAAUAACAAAACACUCGUAUUAUCUCUCAACUUUAUCACCUUAUAUCAAGAGAAAAAUAACCAGACAAACACACAUGGAUGUUACAAAACGUGACACACAACAGGAUAUCUAGAAUAUAGAGACACUAUUGUCAUUCUUUGGCUAGUUAGUACGAUUAUAAGCCAAGUAUGUUUGAUAAGGCUAGAUAUAGUUCAUAGUCCGACUGUACAGUUAAUCCAGAAAACCUUUACAAAUCUUUAAGACUUAAAAUAAUUAUAAUAUGAGGGAUAACAUCAAUGAGUGCUUUAAUAAUGAUUUCAUUUUAAUUUUUUGUACAGUAUUUUCCUUUAUCCUUUUUCUAGGUUAAUUUUCUCCUAAAGCUGCCAAAUCAGUGAUUUAGUGCACGUCAGGACGUAGCGGAUUCGUUGUGUGUAACGAGUGUGUGUUCUUGUGGGUGAGUGUGGGUUUGCAUGAGUGUGUGUUAUCUUGUCUGAGUCACAAACGAGUGGAACUUGGCCAUCUUAAAAAUCAUCUACCUUGGAAUUUAAAAAAGUGGCCUUUUAGCAUCUCCAACACGGCCUCUGUAAGUCCCUCAGUUAGCCUCUUACUUUUCGGGAAUUAGUCCGGUAUGUGUAACGUUGAUGUAAGUACUACUCCAUGUUCUGCUGUCCGUAGAUGUGUGAUAUCUCUGGUAAGUAAAGUGUGCUUAGCCUCCAAGACGACCCCUUUAUAGUUUGAUGCGAUGAGCAUGCCGCCAAAAAGUCACUCACACUGUCUGUGCUGUUUCCUCUGAAGAUAAGCCUUACCCCGAAUCUAACCAUCCUCAUCUCCACGUGAUAGCGAUGAUCAAGCAUUUAAAUAAGAAUAGAUCUCACACUGCACAAGACAGUGCAGUGUUUGAUACAUAAAUCAGCUCUGGCAUGGAAUAAACAGCCAUAUAUUUAAAAAGCAUUAUUUCAGUGUUCCGUCCGCAUGCUAAAGUUUCUUGUUUGUGCUGUUAAAGUCCCUCCUGAAAAAAAAUCUCACUAAGCUUCUUAGAAACAAUGAUUCAGUAUUAAGGCCAAUUAAAGGGGAACAAAUCUGACAUUUUUAUAAAUUCAUUUUUUGCCUCGUUGGAUCGGGAAUAUGAGAAGAUCCAAAUGAGAAGGUGGAGCAUCUUGUUAAGUUGUACUUUACAUCUGUGGAAUAUUCAAAGAGUUUUUGUGUUUUCCCAAGAAACUAUAAGACAAAUCAACAUUUAGGAUCCAGAAUGAUCCAAAAUCAUUCUAGAUCCAAAAGAUAUUUGAUAUUUAUUUCUCUAUUUUUGCUGUAUUCUGAAUUUUUUUCUCAUAAUAUCACAACUUUAUUCGCCUAAUACUACAAAUUAAUUUUUUCAAAAUCACAGUUUAUUUCCCUAUAAUAUGGCCUUAAUACUCUGCUACAGAAAAAUAGCUCUGAAAUACAGUAGAUUAAAAUUGGAACUUCCAAUGGAGAAGAAACUAUUGAGAUCUUAAUAACUUUAGUCUGUAUAGUAAAACUCUAUAGUUCAAUUUAAAAUCCAGAAUGUCUUUUUAGGUCUGCAAUUGAAAAGACACUAGUGCCAAAUCAUUAUAGUUCCUUUAGCAUCAUUGGUUGUUUGUUGCAUAGUUGAAUAAAAGCUAAAAAAAAGUGCAUGAAGUCAGUCCUGACUUAUCUAUGUAGAUUUAUAUAAUAAUAAUAAUAAAAAUAAUAAUAAUAAGAUAGUGUAUAUACAUCACUCUGUGUUACAGAUUUAGGAGCAUUGUCAUAGCAAACGCUGUGAGAUGCUAUGGGCCAAUAAGUGCAAUAUUUUAUGAAUUAAACCCCUGUAAAUAGUCUCUCCCGUCCGAGAGUACGACUCUGUGUGCAGGAUGUGAGUGAGUGGCUCUGAACCUGAUAUACAAUCUCUCUAAGAAUAAAGGACUGUGUGCUUCAGCCACUGAAUGUGUGACUGUGUGUGUGUGUGUGUGUGCGCGCGUGUGUGUACCUGCCAUAUUGAAGAGACAAAUUCCGUAAUAUAUUGUAUUGUUUUGUGUAUACCUUUUGUACAAAUGUAUUCACGUACUAAAUGCUGUUCCUGCUAACUGUUGGGUGUUGAUUGAAGUUGUAGUAUCAUGUCAAAAAAUGUAGUGUUGUUGUGAAAGAUAACUUAGUCAGGAGGAAAAACUUAGUCCAUGCCAUAUGCCAUACUCAUGUAAUAAUAAUAAAGAAAACAAAAAAAACAAGGGGAUGCACAUUAACUAGUUCAGAGAUCCUGCGCAUAUGUUUGUACACGUGCUCGGUACGUGUGCAUCUGUGUACCUGUGUGUGUGUGUGUGUGAUAUUAUCAUUUUGUGAAAAUAGCCAUGAAAUGAAUUAUCGUGAAGUCAAGAUUCAUGUCAUAGAGGAAGAGUUCACGUAGCUGUGCAGAUAAAGUCACAAAUGUCAUGUUAGAAAACUAA